GCUGUAGAAACUUGAAGAGUUGCUCUUGUCACUGCAUUGCUACUGGCAAUUCUUGAGAUCCGGACAGUUGAUAUCGACUUCUUUGUUCUUCUGUCUACAUUCAAGCACUCGUGGUUUCGAAAAUGGCACCCGCUUGCACCGAAGCAGAGGCCCCGUCCUGGCCGAGCGUCUCCAUGAAAGCGAAGCCAUACGAGGGACCCCCGAGAAACAUCAAACCUAUCGAAGACCUGCAUUUCGCGGAGAACCUUCAGCCAAAGCGGUACGAGAUUCUCGGCACGCAUCCCGAGUCUCGCGUUUUGUUCAGUGACGUGAAUAUCCUCGAUUCUACGGGACGAGAGCCGUACAAGGGCGAUGUUCUGAUUGAGGGUCAGCGCAUCGUAGCAGUGGGCGAUGUGCCCGAUAAGGAGGCUCUGAUGAAGAACUCGCGCGUCCGUGUCUUCCACGGCAAAGGUCGCACCUUGAUGUCUGGACUAGGAGACGCUCAUACGCAUUUAACCUGGAACGGUGGAGAUCUGGAUCGCCUAGGCGACUUAGGGAUUGAGGAGCACGUUCUUUUGACAAUGCGGAGCGCGCAGUGCUAUAUUGAUUCUGGCUAUACCAUGUGCUACGGUGCGGCUUCAGCGAAGCCACGUCUAGAUGUCGUCAUCAGAGACGCCAUCAAUGCGGGUGAUAUUCCCGGUCCGCGCUCUCUGGCUAACGGGCAGGAGAUGGCGAAGCCAGAUGGCGAGUUAGUAGCUGGUAUUACGGCGUAUGCAGAUGGGCCGCAGCAAAUGCGGGAGGUCAUCAAGGAGCAUGUCGAUUUGGGAGUUGACAACAUCAAACUGAGUAUGUCAGGGGAAGAGAUUACAGAAACGAGGUCGGCCCAAGACUGUUAUUUCACGGACGAGGAAACCGCCGCAUGCGUUGACGAGGCUCAUAAACAUGGCAAGAGACUUUGUGCACAUGCUCGAGCUAGGGACAGCGUGACGCAAUGCGUUAAGCAUGGCGUCGACGUUAUUUACCACGCGUCGUGGAUAGACGAUGAAGCAGGAAUGAACGGGCUCGAGAAGGUGAAGACAAAGCACAUUAUAGCACCAGCAAUCAAUUGGUUGAUUGGAACGCUGUACGACGCAGAGGCCUUUGGGUACCCCCAAGCACAGGCCGAAAAGGUUGGCUACAAGCGAGAGCUGGAUGUCGCAAUUGCAGGAUUGCGAGAGAUGCAUCGGAGAGGAAUCGUGAUACUUCCAGGAGGUGACUACGGUUUCGCGUGGACACCUCAUGGAACGUACGCUCGGGACUUGGACCAUUUCGUCAAGCUUAUCGGUAUGACGCCACAUGAAGCUAUCAUCUCCGCAACAGCCGGCGUAGCUGCACUUUUCAUGCAAAAGAACGAGCUUGGCAAGAUCCAGCCCGGCUUCUACGCGGAUUGCGUGCUCGUCGAUGGCAACCCGCUGGAGGACAUAACCAUUCUGCAAGAUCACGAUAAGUUGAACGUGAUCAUGAUCAACGGCCGGGUCCACAAAGCUGGUCGAAAGGAGUAUGUUGCACCACCGGUAGCGGGACAAGAUGCUAACCAGCACAACAUUGUGCCGGACAUGGAGUUUCCGGAGGUGAAGAAAGCGAUGCAGAAAGCCUAUUAAAAGCAAAAAAUUCUUUCCUUUGGUGCCACUUAAUACUGGCGUUCAGCUUGCAGGCUGCGAGAAUUUGGAUCAGCGCAGUGAAUAGCAAUGUACGCCAUGGAGUUUGUAACAAGUAUUUAUUCCUUAAUAUGCUUUUGAACCUUUCAUGUAACAAUAGCUGGUUGAAAAUUGUUGCUGUCGAGAAGAAAGUCCCACUCUCCCCAAGGCAUUGCGGACGGGCUUAACCACUGUUGAGGUUGGAGUCGAGCGAUGAGAUCCUGCAUGCCGGGGAUGCUUGUAAUAUCGAAG